AUUGCACUGGCAUCGGCGUCAAUUCCUCACUCCUCAAGCCGGAUGCAAUGUCCGGUCGUGAAGUUGUAGGUGUCUACACCUUCCAUGCAAACGAGCCUGGUCAGGCUGCGCGCCAGGCCUGCCACAUCAACCGCACUUCGACCGUACGCCAGUAGCGCAUAUCAUCGUCGACUAAAAAGCGAUGCAGCUCAAGAGCGAGGUUCUAAAGUUCGGGAAAGGUAUAACGACGCUUUCAACAAUGUGAUUCGCAAAGUGCGAACAGGCUCUCGGGAAAGCUCCACAACGGAAUCAACAUCUUUCUCAGAGCUUAACACCACAACGCAACAGCAAGAUGUCGACGCGGACAAAGUCCGAAAAUCCAACCAGUUCCGCAAGGUGCUGUGCGAAAACUCAGGGAAAAGCAUCGAUUUGCAAAGAGGGGGGUUUGCCAACGCAUCCAUACCGACGAAACAGGGCACGUCUCCGAAAAAGCUUCCGUUCAUCGAUGAUGCGGAAGAGACACUAAGAAGAGGCCUAGAUAAGGACGAUACCAUCCAAGAAUGUGACAAAUGGGGCAAGAGCCCGGAGAUAUGGCUCAGCUUGCUACGCAGGGAAGCUCGUCUCAAGGGUAGCGUGGGCGUUGAGCAAGUGUGGACGCUGAUCAAGGAAGCUGAAGUUGAAUUGCCUGCCAGAAGCGCAAAGGCAGGUCAAUUCUGGACGAUAUUGCUGAGCGCUCCAAAACUACACGACGAUGUCGUCGCAUAUGCCUUCCAGCUGUACGCGCGAACGGGACGAGCCUUUCCUCCACUGUACACCAUGAUCAUGACCUACGUGUUGAGGACAGGCUCGCCAACGAGAACGCUGGGCUUGCAUCGCCGAUUUCUGGAAAACUACAUCAUACCACGAGACGCACUGCGCAAGCUCGCCGCACCUGCAUCACUUGCACAAACCAAUCUUGGCCUCGAGGCUUUCAGGACCAUCUACGAGGACCUGCAUAGAAUAUGCGAACCGUGCUAUGACCAGCUCAUUCCCGCACUACUUAGCGCAGGCAAGUUUCGACAAGCUCUACGCUGGCACAAUAUUUUGAGCAAGAACAAUGAUUCACCGAGCCCCGAAGUUGCACGCUCGGAGAAGAUGCAAGUAUUCCUGCAAUUACGGCAGCGAGUGCAAGAGAAGCAAGGAGCGAGGUGGAGACGGUUACGUGCGCAUGAACUGGAACGAGCUGCGCAAGCGAAGACUAUACUUGAACAACCAGGUGGCUCACCCAGACCCUCCCGAGACGCGGAGACACGUACUGUGCCGUUGGUUUCAAAUACAGCUCAUCACAAGUCUUUCAAGGCCAAUAAUAGCUUCUUUACUCCUCCUGAGCCUGUUCUGAAAAGUUUUGCGAAAAGUAUGGAAAACACAGCAGCAAUACCAAGAUCGCAUGCCUCAACACGGGGCUUGUUGUCCUCUCUGGUCUCCGAGGUUCAGCAUGCUGGCACCGAGGGCUUCAGCGACGAGUUUUGCGCUCGACUAUACGCUACUCGAGCUCUCACGAUAUCAUGGGUCACGUCGUUCCUACAUGCCUUUUCGGUGAAGAAGAUUGGCCCACUUGCCCUUCGCGAACUGGCUUUGCGGUGCGAGAGCACGGAAGACUUGCAAUACUAUAUCGCCGAUCUCGAAGACAAAGGUAUAGCAAUCGGAACGUCAAGGUUCUGUCGUGCUAUCAAAAGGUGUGCCAAUGACGGCCUAGUUGACAUUUUACGUGGUCUGUUACACAGUGAUCAACACCCGGAUAGUCUCGAUGAUGAAAGACUACAGCGCAACAUCCUUAACGAGGCAGUGCUUCAUCAUGACGGUCAGGCUGUGCACCACACUCUGACCCUUAUGAGCAUGUUCGCAGAGAACCCCAAGGAAGAGUACAUGAAUACCCUCCUUUGUGUCUACAUUCGCCAGCAACGCAUAAACGACGUGCUCACUUACGCGAAUCAAAUGCAAUUGGAAGCUGUCAAAAUCACGCGAAAUACAGUCCAAGAGGCCAUGCAUCACCUUUUGCGACCUCGACAACGAGGCAAACGUCCACAUAUGCUAGACAGUCGAUUCUCGUACGAUGACCUCACAAUCGUCACCAAUUUGGUGCUUCGCGCACUUGAAGCUGGCACGGAGAUCCCUGAAUGGGCGCUGAUUGAGCUCUUCAAGCGACAUGGGAUGAAGAAUCUUGACAGUGUAGAGCGAUUCUGCCAUGCUAUUGUAGACACGUAUCGUUCCAUCGUAGCGAAGCCUGCGUACGAUCAAGGGAGCCGGGCGAAAGGCUUUGUCUCUCUUUCAUAUCUAGAAGGUCGCCAGCAACCAGACGAGCACUCCAUCCGCGCUGGGCUGCCAUUCGGCAAUCCGGCAAACCCUCUUAAGGCACUUUUCACGCCCCGUAGCUUUCAGUCUAUCAUAGAGUGGGGUUUUCUCGACGGCCUACGCCGCCUCGCCGUCGCACGUGACAGUCAUCUCCGUCCACAUACUCGCCGUUCGGAUUGGCUUACCAAGUACCGUCGCUGGCCUACCGGUGUGCCUCCACCUCCUCCGCAACAAACUUUUCUUCGUGGAUUGGCGAUAGUGCAGGAUCUGGUGGAUAAGGGCGUCCACAUGUGGACAACGGCUGUGGAAGCGGCAAUCAGACUGAGGCUGUGGAUGUUAUUUGGCCCUGGUAGAAGCAAGAGGAGAAGAAACAUCACAGCGAUGGCUCUGAAUCCGUACGGGAUCGUGGAACUAUUAAGGGCGGCAGACAAGAUGUGGAGAGGCCCCACACCCCUCUUCGCGCCCGUAAGGGAAUUGCUACAGCCACUGCCUCCGGAUAGUGCUUCUAGCCAUCAACACGCGGCGCGUUCUUCUUCGGGUAUUUCUUCUGCCACUGCUGCUCUUGCCAGCCACCACAACGGCGAUGGCGAGGGGUUUGGAGCUGAACUCCCCUGCGACGCCACAAGAGAUGGCCCCCCACCGUCGAAGACACCACAGCAAGAUCUAACCGAGCGGCAAUUGCGCCCUCAAAUCGAGGCGCUGGUGUACAUUUUCUGGACGGCUCGGACCUUGGGCGUGGACGGUGACAUGCAAGAGAACAAGAAGGCCCUGACGGACGAUGAGUGGGAGAAGUUCUUGCACAGAUGGGCAAGAGCGGCAGCUUCGAAGAGGUUUGGCGCGUGAUGGCUAUGUGCGUGUUGACCUGGCUAGCUUGAAGAAACUGCCCAUACAUGUUGUGAUAUAACAGAAUAGAAGUGCUCGCAUACGACUUCGAAAAUGAAACGUUUGAGUCUUUUCAACA